CUUGAAUACUUACUCCCGGCAAUACUCUACCCGCCAUGUAACCUCCGUCUAGCAUUGCACAGGCCCGCGACCUGUCUCGCCUCUUCGCGCCACCUCAAGUCGUCCGCCAACCUUGCCACCAACACCGCCAACAUGUCGUCGGUCAAGCCCCAAACCACGCCGCCUCCUACCUCACACGUCCUCCUAUCCUACCCUGCCGACCAUGUCCUCCUCGUUACCAUCAACAGAGAAAAGCAGAUGAAUAGCAUCCCCUUUGAGGGACAUCUCGAAAUGGGCGAGGUCUUUGACUGGUUCGACCACGAGCCUAAUCUACGCGUCGCCAUCGUUACUGGGGCUGGCACAAAGAGUUUCUGUGCAGGACAGGACUUGAUACAGCUAGGAAAGAUCCGGAGCGGACAGCUAAAGGCCACCCCAGGUCUUAUGAGACAUCCUCUUAGUGGGUUCGGUGGGCUAAGUCGGCGCAUGGGUAAGAAGCCUGUCAUUGCAGCCGUCAAUGGAUUCGCGCUCGGAGGCGGCUUCGAGAUUGUAUUGGGCUGUGACAUGGUGGUAGCAGCACCACAUGCGACAUUCGGUCUCCCAGAAGCUCUCCGUGGCAUUUUUGCUGGUGCAGGAGGCCCGCCACGACUCGUCCGCAAUGUCGGCUUACCUAUCGCAUCCGAAAUGGCCCUUACAGGGAAACCCAUUACCGCUCAAAGAGCCAAAGAGCUCAACCUCGUCAACCGCAUAUCCCCCUCAAAAGAAACGGUUGUACAAGAGGCACUCAAGCUAGCAAGUGAGAUUGCUGCAAUCUCACCAGACUCGGCCAUUGUCACCAGAGCAGCUUUGAGAGAGGCCUGGGAGACUGGAAGCGUUGAGCGAGCCACUCAACUAGUAAUCGAACAAUACAACCAUGGACUCAACACUGGCGAGAAUGCUCUUGAAGGACUCCGGGCUUUUGCCGAGAAGCGGAAGCCAAAUUGGCAACCUUCCAAGCUGUAAUGGUUCGUUCACACAUUGUGUAGUUCUGUAAAAUGAAGAGAGUCAAGAGGGAUUCAUGGCUUACUCAAAAGUGGCAUAGAUGCUAUGAUUUUCUUUUCUUAAAAAAAAAGACUGCUUUAAUUACUCGAUCACUGCGUAACCAAUUCCUCCAGGAAACAACGAAGUAGCACAUCGGGUUCUCGGUCGUUUAUCAGUAUCUUUCAUCAUCGUGCUGUCCCUAUUUUCAUAUCGGCAAUACAUACAUAUGCACAUAUGGACGACACCUGCACUAUACUCAAAAUAGCUGAAAAUCCCCUUGCUAAAAGCAGGGCGACGAUCACCCCCGCAUUCUAGCUAACAAAUAGGGCUAGUCGAGCACGUGAGAAGCUCACAAGAGCAAUUAGACACCUCGGCCGAGCAAACCAGGGUCGGCUACACCGGAGACUGCCUAUUAACAAUUCAAC